GACAUGUCCUUCCGAAACGAAAUGUUGGAACUCCAACUGUUCGAGAACAAGGAAAAAUUUUUAGAAAUUGAAAUCCAAAAACGAGAAGCAAGCUGUAGCAGCCAUCAUGUCGUCACCUCUGCUUCCGUAAAAGUGGGCACCGAUAUCGUCACCACCGACGCCGGAGUUGCCACGGACGAAGACGUUUUGUGGAAAUUUCAACUGGACGACUUUUUCCUUUCACAAUUAAACAGCAAAAGUGACGAUAAGACAGGGGCCCCACAACAAAAGGGAGAUGUCAGUGGGCGACAAAGCGUGGAAGUUGGUAACGAUCCCAUCAGAGAGAUCAAGAAAAAGAUGCGGACCCCACUUUCUGCCAGAAACGUGAUGUUUAACGAGAUACGGACAAAGUUAAAGAGCGACUACCCGGAAGUUGACACUGGCCAACCGUUGUCGCCACUCGCCGCGGCCAAAAUCUGGUUGGAGCGGACCCCCUCCCCACUCACGACCAUGGUCCUAAAUCCCGUCUCCUUCACCAAUUUGUUCGACCCCCUGCCUUCGCCAUACGGCUCAAAAACGUGUCAAAAUACGAAUCCUGAAGGACAAGAAACUCUCACCCCCAUCGAUUUUGCCCCUUUUUCGUCACCCGUCUCAAAUACGCAUCAAGAUCUCCAAAAUGCCGAAAUACAAGAAGCUUGCCCCGAUUUUACACCAAUCACGGAAAUCUCGUCCACCAAUUUGAUCACGUUUCCUUCCUCAAAGUUCCAAUUUCUUGACGAAAACGAAAAUGAAAAUCUUCUCGAUUCCGACGAGGCACCAAAAUUCGUCAAUCUUUUCCAAGCAGAAUUACCAUUUUCGACAUGUUCCUCCUCACUCAAUAAUGAAUUCGCCAAUAAUUUUUAAGCUGUUUUUGGUAUUCAUAUUUUCAUGAAAAAAUACAUUUCUUAAAAAAAAUCAAAAUUGUAAACCCUCAACUAUUUUUUAUUCAAUUGAUAAGUAUAAAUGUGCUGAUCUCUUCGAUGAAUUGCCAACUUGUUCCUAACUCAACCAUGAAUUCGCCAAUAAUUUUUAAGCUUUUUUUUGGUAUUCAUAUUUUCAUGAAAAAAAUCAAAAUUGCAACUCCCUCCACUUUUUUUCUUUCUUUUUUUUUAUUCAAUUGAUAUAAAUGUGCUAAUUCUUAGGAAAACAUAUCACUUUCAAGACAACAUUGAAAGAAGUUAUACAUCAUAUUUACUUAAUAAACAGUAGGGAAGUGGUAAGUAAGUUGUGUAAGUAUUUAUAUGUAUGUAAGGAUACAAAUAAUAAUAAAAUAGUAACUAAACCCAGUUGAUUUUUUUCAUUUUACAUACAAUACGAUUACGAUAUAAAUAAAUUGUAUAUAAAUUUUUAAUUAUAAUAAUAUGAUCACGAUCACACUUUUUUCAUUUCAUUGCAGCCUUCGACACUCUCACAAAUUAUAAGUAAUUAACCAAAUAUUUAGCUAGUAAUCGCCUAAUAAUUAGUAGCUACCCCUGAGUCCGGUGAAAAGUGAGGACCACUUUCACCCAGCAUACAUAAAUAUGUAUC